AUGCCUCAUCCGGUCAGCAGCUCUCUUCUUCAUCGUCGGCCGGAGCGGCAACAGUACCACCACCGAAAAGUCCGCAACGUCCGGCAAAAGCGACGGCACUCGUUGCCUGGGUCAAGCGGCAGCAGCUCGUACAGUUGCAGCUGCGGCAAGACAGCGAACCGAGCGGACAAAUCGAAAAGCGCAUCGCACACCCACUCCCAUCAUCAUCAUCAGCACAACCAUCAGCCCCAUUCGACGAUCAGCAGUAGCAUACGGAAGGAGCUGGCAUCGUACGAGAAUCCCUAUCAGGCACAGGUGCGCAAGAAACCAACCAAACGCAAUGCCAGCACGGAAAGUCUCGAUCUGUUUGACAAUGGGCCACCGGACGAGUGUAGCUGUGGGCUUUAUUCGCCCAGCUCGAUUAACGGUGGCAAAAGUUGCCGCAAGUGUAGCGCCUGUGAUACGGCAGGAUCUGGGAAGGCUGGUACGGCAGCAUCGACGCACCAGAAGAAGCACAACUCUUCCAAAUUUAAGGAUGCCUCGACCAGCCCGAAAUCGUGCAGUCCCAUGAAAACGAUCGCACAGGAAUGCCGCAGCCCGAAAAUUGAGGCCUCCACCGAUACGAAGUUUGAUUUUAAUCUUUCCCCAAAAACGGAAAGCCACUACCGGCGACUAUCCUCGCUGAGCAUUAAUUCAUCCGGCAAGCAUGCGGUUGCUGCUACGAGUCCUAUGAAGCACGCCGCAGCAUCAUCGACCACGGCCAGCCCAAAGGUUAGCCCCCAGAAGCUAACACCGCUCCGGACGUCCGAUCAGCGCACGUUGGAAAAAUCAAACUCGCUCGGCGAUAGUAAACCACCCCGGCUGUUGCGCAAUACGCGCAGCUUAUCACCACGGCCACCGGUGCGCCAUCAGCAUUCAAUAAUGGUUUCCGAUGAAAAUGAUAUCAUCUCGGUAAAGCUGUCCCCGAACGAAGAGUACGAUGAUGAGUUGGCAAAGAGAGAAGCUUCGGCGGUUAAGCUGGAGGUGGAGAACGUGACCGCACCGGCGAAUGGUGGUACGGAACGGGCCAAAAAGUUGGGCGAUUGUUUGAAAAGUGCAAACGGCAACCGAAGCACCAGCUGCUUGGUGUACGUUCCGUCCGAUCCGUGGACGCGAAUGUCGGCCACCAAUUCGCCGCUACCAUCAGCCAAGCAGCAGAAAUCCAAGACGCUUGAUAAUAGUGGCAAAUCGUACGGCAAACCUUGCCUAGAUUAUAUGAAACACUCGGACCCCUGGGUGUGGCGAUCGAACGUCAACCUGCCGGAACGCUUGGCAAAGGGUGGCGGUAAGAAGCGGGUGGCCGGUUUGCCGCACCAAACCAAAUCACUCACCAGCACCAUUAGCAGGGAUGAUUCGGACGUUGCCAAGCAUCAGUCGCGCCUGUGCCAGCAGCAAUCGCUCGGGCGCUUCGAAAAGACGCUCACCAUACCGGGCGUGGAUGGUAGUUUCGAUGCGCGCAAAAAGAUCACCCGACCGAAGCUGCAACGCUCCAAAUCGCCAUCGUUUUAUGAGGACUUUUUUCAACCACCGCCGGCGGGCGGUACACCGGACGUAAGCAAAUCGCCCCAAACAGGUUCACUGUCGCUCGGCAAAAAUAAGUCCGUUUCCUCGCUGAAGAUGGAAAAGAAUGCUUCCAACUCGAAUCUAAACGGACACAGCGGUACCAGCAGUGGUCUUAUCAGCGGGUCGAACAACACUAACAAUAGCAACAACACAAGCAACAGUGGCAGCUUCAGCAGCUACAAUGGUAAUGGGUCACCCACUACCAGAAAGCAACCGUCGCCGAAGCUUAGCAUUUUGCCGGCGACAUCAGCAGCUACCCUACAGCAACAUGCUUCAUCGCCGGCAAAGCAUUAUCCUUCCGCAAACCAGCAGGAAUCAACGAAAGCGUCACAGAACUUGCUGAACCCGAACAUGUUUCAGCCGCGCCACAGCUUUUCGACACCAUCGCAAAAGGAUGACGAGCUGCAGCUUAACAUCCGGCGGUUAAGCGAACAGAUGAACAAGUACAGCCAUUCGUCGGCAUUCCCAUCACCGCCGGCAUUUCUGAACGAUACGAUCCUUCAGCAGCAGGGCGGCACGAGCAAAAAGGUAGGGGGAAGUGGCAGCAGUUUGACGGUGGGCACGAGCGCCGGUAGUAUUGGUGGACUGAACGAAUCGUCCCAGCGCAAAACGGCUUCCCACUCGAAGAUAAAUGAACCAAUACUUGAAACACGUUGCUAAAUGGUCGGGCGUGCGCUGCCGUUUGUAGUUAGCAUAAAUUAAUUCAUUACACUUAGGCAACUGCCGACUGGAAUUUUUGGCAGCAUCGUGGUUGUUGUACCGACCUCUGUCGUCUUUCCUGUUGCAUUAGAACGGAAGAACGGAACUGCAUGGAAUUUCUAACGAAUUGAUGCACGCGACUUAAGUUUUAGCAAUUGCAACUUGUAUGGGAUUAACGGCGCGCGUGUGUGGUGGAUUAACGCGAACCAAACGCGUGCGCACACAAAUGAUUUAAAGUUUUGAAUGUUGAUAAGCACAAGCAGAAGGAGGUACACCGGGUAGUCUGAUUGAGAACAAACUAGCGAGUAAAAACAAGUCAUUAUAUCAUUCAUUCAUCAUAUUCGAAAUUGGGGGAAUAGCAGCAGCAGCAGCAGCAGCAAUCAUGGAAUAACAUGAAACGAAACGGAAUGUGCAUACUGUUUCCUUCCCCCCAAAAAAAAGGCAACACAUGUUUACUAUUCAUAGACGAUGAACAAGGGAAUAUCAUUAGUAAGAAUUUUAGACUUUAAGUGCAGAACAAAAAAGGAAUAAGACGAGAACAUGAACAUGAACCAAAACGGAGACAAUUUAGCAAAAUUUAACAAACGAUCACAAGUUCGAUCGAUAGGCUAUAAAUGUUGAACGUGUGAAUUGGAUCGCAAAACAACACAAAAAACGGAUUGACUGUAAUCAUAGGAAAUGGCAGACAUUCGUCUAAUGCGGAACUGUUUUGCGAUUAGCGUAAGAAUGGCUGCUGUACAACUAAGAGUGCCAACAAGUACCCGGCGCAAUGCGACAAAGCUGGUGAAAGUGCGACAAUGUCGCAAAACGAUUGAUAAAUAGUACGAUGCAAGAAGGUAGUAAUUGUACAUGCGGCACAAACCAGACAGGUAUCCCAACAGUUCGGAUGUGCAAUAACAAAAUAUCGUAUUAAGAGUAGCGAUGAAGAGACACGGAAACAUUGGACAAUGAUGCGUUGGUUUUGAACGAUUUAGCUUCUAUUCUAAAACCCUUUGUCCCCACCUGAGAGGGGCGGGGAAACGGUACACGGUUGGGGAAGCAAACCGGAUACAUACAGUAUUAAAUUUUCGGACAAAACUCGUUGCUUCCGUUGGCAGACUUUGAUAUUUUUGCAGUUUACUUAAAUACGCACCAUGAAAGCGAUUUUACUUCAAACCGUAUCUGAGCCAACUGUUUAGUUCGCGAUUUGUUACAAGUGCGUUAGAUGUUUUUCGUUUAGCACGUGUAGAAGCUUUUAUUAGUUUUGAUUCCGAUUUCUUGAUUAGAUUCAGACACUUUAGGAACAGCUAACAAGCAGAAACAACUAAUCGUGGUUUAGUGGUGUUUCGUUGCGUUGAUCUUGUGGAUCUUGUUGAUCUUGUGUUUUGCGUUUAUGCUAGUAGUUGGUGCGAACGAAUGUAGAUCCCCCCAUCCAUUGCGAUAAAAUAUAUUCCUAUUGUGAUAGGAAGCAACACCGGAAAAACCCAAUGCAGGAAAAGAACGAAUGGCGUCAGCAAGGGACGUGCAUGAUUUAACAAUAAAUGACACUCCCACUGCCAACAUAUAAACACAGAAACACUCACGUUCCGUUACGCAUAUAAAUAUCAGGUUAUCUCUAGUUCUCGUGUCAUGCAUACACUUAAUUUCUCUCUAAGAAGCACUCUUUUAUCGAUUCGAAAAUGAGUAUGGUAAUUGUAAAUAAGUCUACUUACAUCCACCACAGUGUGUACUACACUUCCUAUCCCAAAAUGCGGUGGUCUGCUGUAUCAGCGGAUGUCCUUUCGAUAAAUUCUAUCACACAACACACACACACACACACACGUUGACGGUUCUUUCGAACGAAGGGAGCGCGGUAGAUGGACUAUUGCUGCAAAGGUUAAAUAGUGAAUAGCAAUUAGAGCGAAGGAAUCGAUAACAGCAAGCGUGAAGGUACGGAUCUGACCGUUACGAUUUCUUACCCCUGACAAAACCUCUCCCGAAUUAUUGUACCAAAUCUUACAACCUCGACACGGGAGGACACCCGGGAAACGUACUCUAUUUCAUGAUUAACCAAUAAAUCUCGAAACGAAA